AUGUCUUGGAGGAAUGUGAAGGCCUCUGCAGUGUGUCGGUUCUCGCUGUCUGAUGUGCAGCAAGCCUUCCAGGGUCCCUACAUGGAGAGCCAGAACUCAGGCUCCAAGUGGACCGAAUACACUGGGAAGGUCCCUCUGCCUCGACCUGGAACCUGUAUGACAGACGAACUGAGGGCCAGGGACAUUGCUCUGUCCACAUCCCUGCCCGACGACGUGCUGGACUUUGUCAGGAGGCACCCUCUGAUGGCCAGACAGGUGCAGCCCCUGGACAGACACCCCCUGGUGUACGGGAGGACCACGGACUACACCCACAUGGCUGUGGACGCCGUCCCGGGCCUAGACGGACAAACCUAUCACGUGUUAUUCAUGGGAACAGACGACGGGCGGCUGCACCGGGCGGUGAGCGUGGACGACCACCUCCACAUCAUCGAGGAGCUGCAGCUGUUUGAGGCUCCGCAGCCCAUCAGCAGUCUGGUCAUCUCACCUGCACAGAUGAGUGUGUACGUGGGCUCUCCGUCGGGCGUGGUGCAGCUGCCCCUCUCCACCUGCCACCGCUACGCCUCCUGCUACGACUGUGUGUUCGCGCGGGACCCUUACUGUGGCUGGAACUCCUCCCAGUGUGUCCCCAUACUGUCACAGGCUGACAGGUCGGCGUUAAUUCAGGACAUCCAGAAGGGAAACAGAGGAUGUGAGAAGACUUCCAGACAAGGACGUCGCGGGACGCUUUCAGAUCUGCCGUUGCCGCGGCGCCGCGCGUUCACCGCCGGCGACGACGUGCUGCUGCAGUGCGAGCUGACCUCCAACCUGGCCACGCCCCUGUGGACGCGGGACGGCACCCGGCUCGCCGGCUACGGCCUGGACUCGGGCAUCCGCAUCGGCACCGACGGCCUGCUCAUCAUCAAGGCGCAGCCCGACCAGCGCGGCCUCUACACCUGCCACGGCCGGGAGAACGGCGUCGUGGUCGCCAUGGUGUCCUACAACGUCACCGUCCGCCUGGACGCCACGCCCCCGCCGCCGCCGCCGCCGCGGCCGAAACUCCGCGCUUGGCUGCCAUUCGACGUCGCCGACGACCCACCGGAGGAGGAGGAGAAGGAACGCAAAGCGGCAGCGGCCCCCGAGGAGAACCACGUCCCCCGUAGCUUCGACCGGGGGGUGCUGGGGGCGGAGUCGCCCCCGCCCGCCGCCGCCGAGGGCCCCCUCCUCCCCCACUCGGAGCUGCUCUCGCCCCGCAACAUGAAGGCCAUGUACCUGUCUCUGAUCACCAUCCUGGGGGGGCUGUGCGUGGUGCUCAGCGUGGUGCUGCUCUACGUGGGCUUCUGCCUGCGCGCGGGCAGCCGGGGCCACUACUCGCUGCGGGCCGCCGCCUCGGUGCACGGCUACGGCAAGAGGAAGGGCGGCAAGGGCGGCGGCCGGCAGCACCGCAACUCCUCGUCCUCCCAGCUGGAGCUGAAGACCGUCUCCAGCCACUGCAACGGGCACGGCGGCGUCCUGCACGGCGGCGGCGGCCUGCACGGAGGCGGCGGCGAGGCCGGGAAGACGCACGAGGGCUACGACGGCCGCGAGGUUGGGCUCCUGCAGAUCGUGCCCGGCGAGGGCCACUCUGUGGCCAACCACGGCGGGGGCCGGGGGGGCCGCCCGCCAGCCGCUCCCCCGCUGCCCUCGCCGUCUUCCUCGUUGUCGUCGCAGCAUCAGCAUCAGCAGCGGCAGCAGCAGACGCCGCCGUCGCCCGAGCACGAGUUGAGCAGCGGGCUGUCGGCCACGCUGCCCAGCGUGCUGCGGCGGAUGAACGGGAACAGCUACGUGCUGCUGCGGCAGAGCGACGCCGAGGCGCCGGUCGCCAACGGCUACGCCUUCAACGACGAGCUCAGCAAGAGGCUGGAGAAGAGGAAACACACGCAGCUGCUGCAGCCGCGGCCCGACGAGAGCUCGGUGUAGCCCGCGGGGGGCCCCCCCCUCUCUGGUGGGAGGACCCAAGUUUUUUUUACCUUGCGUUUCGUUCGUUACCGGCUGCUCUGUUACCAUGUCGUAUGAUUUUUGUCCUUUUUUUGGGGGGGCCGAAUGUUGUUUUUUUUACGAAAAGAUGGACGGUUUCACGUCCACCUUCCUGAUAUUGACGUUUGCUAGGAUCGUGUCUUAAUUCCGAGAUACCCGAUCGAAGGAGCAAAAGGAAAGUGAAACUCAUGGUGGAGUAAAGGAGGAGCGACACCUUGAGCAUGGGGCGGGGAGCGGGGGGCUGGCAGGGUCGUUGUCUACCUCAACUCGGUCCUCCGGUGAAGGCCCUCUGAGCCCGGUUAACAGCCUCUUCCAUGGGGGAGUCACCCAGGGGUCACUCACAGCCCUCUCGGUUGGAGGAGGAGCCCCGCUGGUGGGUAGAAUAUGAGGACCUCUACCGAGGGCCUGGGAUAAGAUAAUAGACCCAUGAUACCGAUGGAGGUAAAAACACAGAUGGGCAGCUAGCCAGUGUUUGUUGGCAUGUGCAAUGGAUAGUGCACGACAAACAGAUGGCUUAUCCAUGAUUAAAAGCCUAUAUUAUGUAAACAUGAAUAAAUCAGCAUUUUUGGUGAAAUGGACAUGACAGGCGAGGGAAUGGUGAAUCAGAGACCGUUUCUCGAUUUUUUUGUACUAACCACAAUAACCAACAAAGAAAGUGCAUUGUGUGUACCAGGGCCAUCCUGGAGGGAAUAUGACAGUAUUAUCGACUUUGGUGCAUUAUAAAAAACUGUUGGCGUGCUUCGGACGAAAAAAGAAGAAGAAAAGAAACGGAUGAGUAACGGUGUGCAACAUAAACCUACGAAGCUCUGGAGGAAGCGCGGGGGGGGGGGGGGGGGG